AUGGCUCCCAAGCCGAAGGGGAAGGCUCCAGUUACUACACCUCGCAAGCGACCAGCGGCCCAGAUGUCCAGCUCUCCCGAGUCGCAGGCGCCCGCCACGCCUGUUCCUUCUGUUGUCGCCUCCUCCACAUCACGUUCUCGCACUAUCCGUCCGUAUCAUUCGCCUGAAGUUGAGGACGAAGCUGAGGAUCUCGAAGGCUCCGUCGUUCCUGAGUCCGAGGCUCCAAAGGAUGAGCGCACCGUGCUUGGAUGGAAGGUCGCUGCCUGCUGUGAGGUUCCUGAUUCUGCAGGACGCCUUCACGCUGGCUCCCGCCCGUGCUGCAUGAAGUGUGCACACACGUAUUACAACUUCCCAGGCCAGAUGUGCUGGGUCCCUUCCAGCAUGGCCAAGUGCGCAGACUGCCUUCGGGGCAACCACGCAUGCAUUCCAGUAAGGGACUCCCUCCUCAUUGUUUGUUUGUACUUGGAAGGACACCCUAUGAAGAAAUGGGAUAACCGGUGUGCAACCCAAGGAGAAGGAUACAUAGAUCCCUUGGAUAUCGCUGGGUUCGAAGAGUUUCUUCGGGACCUCCAUGUCGACCCAGCCAACCGACAACACAUUGCGGCCUUGAAGUAUAACGUCGCCCUACAAUGGAAAGGGCAGAGCAUCCGCAAGUUCGUGGCCUACCUUGAGGACCUCGAACGCGAGAUGGAACCAUAUACUGAAUCACAGAAGACUGUCCACCUUCUGACGAAGAUUCACCCAGAGAUGAGGCAGCAGCUCCUUGAAGGAGGAAAUGACAAACCAGUGGGUAACAGAGAACUCCUACCGUUGACAAGCCCAACUCCAGGGAAGGAAGGAAUACCUCCCAGGGCAGCUUUCCAUUCCGAAAGGGCAACUCUGGCAGCCACAGGGCUCCCCAGCCCUCGGCCCAAGGAGAAAGAACACCCUUCUGGAAUAGACACCGCCCACAAGACCAGCGGCCAGCGAGAGGGCAGGCCCCUACCCACUGUAGGGACGCUAGGCCAAUCCCUAGCAGAAUCAAUUGUUAUAACUGUGGCAAGGCGGGCCACCUCGCGAAGGAAUGUCGAGGCCCACGCCAACACACAGGCCCAGGGGUGA